UCUUUUCUUCUUUCUCUAAUCUUGAAUGCUUAGUGGGACCCCAUCACUAAUUCAUAUGCAAUUUGCUUCCAUUUAAUCUUGAUCAUGAGGUGUUUACAGGUUCCUUUUAUUGCUUGCUCUGCUCUGAGUUUCUGCAGCCAUGGCUCAUGGAGGUUCUCCAAAAAGUGGGAAAGGGUCACCCAGAGACUGCUGUUUGGAUGUCAAAUGCAACCACAAUUUUGUUGCUUAUCUUGAUUGGCAUGUCCGUCUCAAACAAGUAGUCAGCUGGCUAACACUCUUUUUCUUGCUGAACCGCAGUUAUUCAGACAAUUCUCCUGAUAUUGAAGGUGAAGCUUUGAUUGAGAUUCUAGAGAGUUUAAAUGAUUCCAAUAAUCGAAUCAAAGAUUGGAACUACUAUUUCGUUAAGCCUUGCCCUAGUUGGUCUCAUGUUACUUGUAGAGAUGAACACGUCAUAUACCUGAGCUUGGCCUCAAAUGGUUUUUCUGGAACUCUUUCUCCAUCAAUUACAAAAUUGAAGUUUUUGGUUAGCUUGGACUUGGAAGAUAAUAAUCUCUCUGGUGAAUUACCAGACUAUCUUGGCACCAUGCCGCAGCUACAAAAUAUAAAAUUUGCGCGGAAUGGUUUUAAUGGCUCAAUACCAUCAUCUUGGGGACAACUCUCCAGAUUAAAGCAUCUGGAUCUUUCAUCCAACGAUCUAACUGGAAGAAUCCCGACACCAUUAUUUUCAGUACCUGUAUUCAACUUUUCAGGAACUCAUCUUGCUUGUGGUAGUAGUCUACAGGAACCUUGUGUUUCGGGUUCCUCUAUUCCAGGUUCUACCAGAAAAUCAAAACUUAAGGCUGUCAUUACUGGAGUGACUUCUGGUGCUUUUGUUCUUCUGUUACUUGGGGCUAUAUUUAUGUACCGAUCUUACCGAGUGCGCACAUAUAAACGUGAUGUCUAUGUUGACGUGGAAGGUGAAUAUGAGUGCAAACUUUCCUUUGGCCAACUCAGACGAUUUUCCUGGCGUGAAAUACAGCUUGCGACAGACAAUUUCAAUGAAAACAAUAUUAUUGGACAAGGAGGAUUCGGAAAAGUAUACAAAGGAUUGCUCCUAGAUGGAACCAGAGUUGCUGUGAAACGGCUGAAUGACUAUCAGAGUCCUGGAGGGGAGGAAGCCUUUUUAAGAGAGAUUGAUUUGAUAAGCGUAGCAGUUCAUAAGAAUCUUCUCCGACUGAUUGGAUUUUACACGACCUCUGUAGAGAGAAUCCUCAUCUAUCCGUUUAUGAGAAAUAUCAGUGUUGCAUAUCAACUAAGAGAUCUGAAACCUGGCGAGAAAGGCCUUGACUGGCAAACAAGAAAGCGCAUAGCUUUGGGUGCAGCACAGGGCUUAGAGUACUUGCAUGAGCAUUGCAAUCCUAAAAUCAUUCAUCGUGAUUUAAAGGCUGCAAAUAUCCUUCUGGACGAUGACUUUGAGCCAGUUCUUGGAGAUUUUGGUCUAGCGAAGCUAGUUGAUACAAGAUUAACACACAUCACAACACAAGUGCGUGGGACAAUGGGACACAUUGCCCCUGAGUAUUUGUCGACUGGAAAAUCUUCAGAAAAGACUGAUGUCUUUGGAUAUGGCAUAACUCUUCUAGAACUUGUAACUGGUCAGCGUGCAAUAGAUUUUUCUCGCCUUGAAGAAGAGGAAGAUGUUCUUCUGCUCGAUCAUAUCAAGAAACUUCUGAGAGAAAAGAGGCUUGCCUACAUUGUGGAUGAACACAUGAAGAUCGAUGAUCCUACAGAAGUUGAGACAGUCAUUCAGAUAGCACUGCUUUGCACCCAAAGUUCACCCGAAGAUCGACCAACAAUGUCAGAAGUGGUAGGCAUGCUGCAAGGAGAUGUCAUGACAGACAGAUGGGCCGAGUGGGAACAGCAAGAAGAAGUAAGAAACCAAGAAUUCUCCCUCCUUUCUUAUCAAUAUAUUUGGUCUGAAGAAACAACUCAAGAUCAAGAAGCUAUACAAUUAUCCCAAGCAAGAUAGAUAGCUUUCCUGAGAUUAAUUACUUAGGCUUGGAUGAAAAUAUGGUAUUGUGCUACUAGUGGUGUUUGUAUAAUUGCAGAUACAGCAUAAUAUUAGCUUGCUGAUGCUACAUUUCUAGACUAUAUGAAGUAGGAAGUGAGUGAAUGACAUAGGUUUUAUAGAAUACAUAUACAGCGGCGUUGUAUUAUUGCAUAAUUUCUAUCGUUAAAUGUCACAAGCUUUCAAACACCGCUAAAAUUUUGUGGAAUCGUGAUUUAAGUGAUAUUCCCUCGA